UAUACUUAUAUCAUCGUACUUGCCUUCUUUUUUCCUUCCUCUCUCUCUCUCUUUCUGAAUCCCCCGUGUACCUAUACGUAUAUGUAUAUGAACUCCCUUCUCGAUCCACCUUUCAAUAGCCCGGGCAUUCCAAUCUUAUCGCCGCAAUGGCUUCUCCUGUUGAGUUUGAGAUCUCACCAAACCCUCGUACUCGUGAGGAAAACCAAGAACGAGCAUUCAUUGCUGCCUCUCGGCGGAAAGAUCGGAGCCUCGAUGCCCGUCUAGAAUCUGCCAACCGUGCGUCUCAGCUGCACAAGCAACGGACUGGCAAAGCUCUCCUGAUUACCCGGGAAAUUGUCGAAAAAGAGGCCAUGUACGAAGAAGUAGAUGACCGCUACAAGGAGAAACUACAACGCAUGUUGGAAGCUCAGAACAUGCAAAUCAACAACCAAUUCCAGCAAAACCUCCUCGCUACGUUGGCCAUGCGACCCGGCCUGCAGCAUCGUCGUGCCUCCAUGAUGGCGCAGCGCGGCCCCAUGGACGGGGUCCGCAAAAUGAGCUUGGACCUGUCGAGCAUUCGCAGCUCCUUCUCCGAGGGCAUGCGUGGGAGUCCGAUCACCAGUCCUAUGGCCAUGACCGGCAACCAAAGCUACGUGAUGUCGCCUUCGUACGAAGGAAACUCACAUUCCCCAUCCUCAUUCCAUCCUAACGUGGUGCCCGCCUCGUCGGGUCCAAUGCCAUCCUACAUUGCUCAUCAUUCGACCCCCACAUGGCCCGCACACAUCGGCCCGCAGCACGUUCGAUCGCCUUGGGCUGGGUUUAACCCUGGGGACAUGAACAUGCCAGUGCGCCAGUUCCGAGACCGUCUGGGUUCUGCACCGGUUAUUCCCGUGCACGCGAUCCCUUCCAGUGCCGCAUACCGACCAACUCCCACUCCUCAACACAGUCGCAACCGCUCCGAACCAGGGCAAACGCCUUUCCAACGGAUGCCGUCUCACACUCCCUCCGUCGAGAACACGCCGAGGGUGGAGACUCGCAUCGACGGACUUCCCAGUGAAACCUUGCCAACUACCCUGCCGACUCCCGAUCUCUGCCCCACCCCCAGCACGCCCCACUCGCCCACCUCCACGGCAAAACACAGUGACGUUGCCUUCGACACCCUAGACACCAAGGAAUCAGACUGCGUCUCCUUCUCGCAGCCGUUCCUAGACCAGGACUUCGUCGACUUCCAGGGCCUCUCUUUCUCCUUGGGUAGUCACCCAACCAUCCCCUCGUUCGACAACACCCUGCACCAUCCGGAAACCGAAUGGAAGCCGGACGAGGUGGUCCAAAUGGACGACUGGCUCGUCGGUGCAUGACCCUCGCAUCCGCAUGUCUUGUCUUUAAGCUAGUUGCGCUUUUU